AUGUUCCGCAGUAAGCUCGCCACGACCGCGCGCACCGCGAAAUGCUACUAUCGCACUCACGGAUACGCAACUUACCUGCUGGCAGAUUCAUGUCAUGGCAGUGGCGGAACGCCACUUGCUAAAGCCAUUCUUGGAUCCAGCUCAGCGCGACUCGCCGCUGCGACGCAAUCCGUCGCGUGCGCCGCAGAUUUUAAACAUGAUAUGUGGGACGGUGAUCGUCUUCUCACGUCUACGGUCAAUUUGACGUGCGAGUCUGAUGUGCAGAAAUUUGUCGCGCAGGUUCAGUAUUCACUCUCCGAGACAAUCGACAUUCUCCUCGCAAACGUAGGUGAAGUCCCAGGUCGCUGGAGAACCUCCUUCAAUUCGACACCGCUCAUUCCAGAAGUGCGCGCCAAUGAGUGGAUACGGCUUUGCAAGGACGUUGCGGGGGUUGGAAUUCUUCUUAAAAAUGUUUUGCCCACGCUGAUGCGGCAUCCCACAGAUCAUCGAAAAGUUGUCGUAAUUUUCACGCACCAAGCGCCGCUACAUUGCGUCGAAACUGUCGCAUUGAAAUCGAUUUCAUCAGCACUUGACGAGUUAGUCGCGUCGACGAGCCUGGAAUUGGCGCGGAAGAGCCCUACGGAGUUCGUGACGGUGAAGGUACAUACACCAAAUUUAGAGUCCAACGAUGCGCUCGCAUGGGGCAGGGAAGUGGUUCGGCAAAUCGGACGGUUGCGACUCGAAGCGACGUUCGCCUCUACUCACGAUGGGCAACAUUUGCCCAUUCCAGGUUAUCCUGACAAGCCCGAUACAUUCUGGUAUGGGGCACAUGUUUGA